UGUGGGCGGAACUUUAUGAACGUUUUCUCAUGUAUAAUCACCAUCAUCCCAUGGACUGAGUUGUUUGUCGAUCAAGAUGGAGUUCCUUUUGGGAAAUCCUUACAGUACACCUGUGGGGCAUUGCAUUGAGAGAGCCACUGAUGGCUCUCUGCAAAAUGAAGACUGGACCCUUAACAUGGAAAUAUGUGACAUCAUCAAUGAAACAGAGGAUGGGCCAAAGGAUGCCAUUAGAGCAGUGAAGAAGAGGCUGAAUGGCAACAGGAACUAUAGGGAGGUGAUGUUGACUUUAACGGUCUUGGAGACGGGUGUGAAGAACUGCGGCCAUCGUUUUCACGCUUUGGUCACUAGCAGGGACUUUGUCGAUGGUGUGCUAGUUAAAAUCAUCUCCCCUAAAAACAACCCGCCCACAAUCGUUCAAGAUAAAGUACUCGCCCUGAUUCAGGCAUGGUCUGAUGCGUUUAGGAGCAGUCCAGACCUUACAGGUGUGGUCCAAGCCUACGAGGAGCUAAAGAGGAAAGGCAUUGAGUUCCCCACGUCAGACCUGGAGACCUUGUCACCUAUAAACACACCUCAGCGGUUGGCAUCUGCUCCAGAGGGCGACUCCGCCCUACAUAAGUUGAGCACCAUACCUCAGCCUGCACCACAUGUUGUCCCACCAGCCUACAUCGCCCCUCAGGUCCCCAACGCCCUCGCGUCUGGAUCCAUCAAUCCUACACCUGAACAGAUUAGCCGGCUGCGCAGUGAGUUGGACGUAGUUCGUGGAAACACUAAGGUGAUGUCAGAGAUGUUGACUGAGAUGGUCCCGGGACAGGAGGAUGCUUCAGACUUUGAGUUACUACAGGAACUGAAUAGGACUUGUAGAGCCAUGCAGCAGAGGAUAAUGGAGCUCAUCUCCUGUGUUUCCAACGAGGCAGUGACUGAGGAGCUGCUGCAUGUCAAUGAUGACCUCAAUAACAUUUUCCUACGCUACGAAAGGUAUGAGAGGUUUAGGUCCGGGAGAUCCUCAGCUCAGAGUGUCAACAAUGGGUCUUUUUUUCACCAGGUCCUGAGUGAGGCUACAGAGGACAACCUCAUAGACCUGGGCCCAGGCUCCCCAGCCGUGGUCAGCAACAUGCCAAACGCACCCCCGACCAGCUUUCCUCCAACCAUCACGGCCCCAGCAGGAAGACCCUCCUCCCCGGCUACCUUGGCCUCCCGCCUGGCUGGCCUUGACAUGGGCGCUGACAGUGUGAGCAGCACCUUGAGCUCUCUGUCCAGCUGUAAGCCUCCAUCUGGUCAGGAUGACUUCGAUGUGUUUGCUCAGACCAGGACUGGAGCUCUGCCUGAACCAAGCAAGAUCACUAGAGCAGCAGACAGCAACGCCUCUGACAACCUUCCUCCCACUCUGGAUGUCCAACAGCCGACUGCAGGAGCGGGUGUCGGAGGCCAGUCCUCUGUCAUGGAUGACAUAGAGGAGUGGCUGUGUACUGAUGUGAUAGGAGAUGAAGGUGAAGAAGGCGUGACAAGUGAAGAGUUCGAUAAGUUCCUCGAGGAGAGAGCCAAAGCUGCAGAGAUGGUCCCCAGCCUACCGUCGCCCCCCAGUGGCGAGCCGGGCGCAACGCAGGGAACCCCCAGCCGCAAGAAGCCAGCCAGGCCGGAGGACGCUUUGUUCGCCGUGUAGACCUUCCACCUUUUGACCCCCGAUCCCUAGCCUAAGACCAGACCAGCCGAGCAGCAUCACCCAAGAAAAGACUGACCUGACACUAAAACACAUCCACCUCCGCUCUGAUUCAACACUAUUCAGUUACACUACAGAGAUAUGUACAUGCUCUCCUUAUAAGAAGGGAAUUAUUCAUGCUCUCCGUUAAUUUCUCACAAGAAAGGGAACACCAAACGAAUGGUUUUAUUUCUUGAUAAGCCACCAGAUGAUGGAUCUCACCCACAUGACCGGUGUCAGAGACUAUGAGGCAGCCUGCUCUCCCCUUCUGUGUGGGUAAAGAAUCUCCCUCCGCCUGUUGUGGACUGCAGAGCGUCAUGUUGCAGCUAAAAAAGCGAGUUUUAUAAAAGAGAGUUCUGCUGUGCUUGUCAACAAGGACAAAGCAAUUUCUUACCCAACGCCUUCAAAGCAUGCAUUAACACCACCAGACCUGAUCAUUGAAGUCUUAAAGUGCUCAUAUUAUGCUUUUUGGCUUUUCCCCCUUUCCUUUAUUGUGUUAUAUAUCUUUUUUGUGCACGUUAUAGGUCUACAAAGUGAAAAAGCCCAAAGUCCACCCCAAAGG